AUGGGGUUCAGGGUGGCUGUUUUCUUAGGGUUUGUCCUUCUCCUUGGUGGAAGCCUUUGCUUUGCAACACAAAACGGGUCCCUGUUCAACACCAAUGACACCCUCCACCAAGUCCCUCAAGGCCAGACAAUGUUAGCGCCGUCGACGGGUCGCCAGUCAAACUUGACGGCGGUGAGGCGACGGACCGGCUCUCCUACCACCUUCCGGCUCAAGACCUUCCAGCUCCGAGACCCACCUCGCCAAGAAAAGCCAGGGAAGUCUGAUAAAGAGCAGAUGCAAACUCCUGAAGGCCCACAGGGACUGCAGCCCAGGCAAUACUCCCCUGAGCUGCACAGGACCAGGCCCACUGCUCAGGAGAUGCUGCAACUGGUGAACCACGGCCCGGAUCGCCUGCCUGUCAAGAAGGAAUCAAAGGUGGUGGUAAAGUUUGAGCAGCGGGUGGCCACGCCAGCCGAGAGUGUGUCGGUGCACUGCGGCGAGGAGAAGAUCACCAUAGCGGUCAGACAGAACUUCCUAGGAAAUGGUCAGCUGAUCCGUCCUGGCGAUUUGACGUUGGGAGGCUGUGCGGCAGCGGAGGUCGUGGACCACGUCCUGCUGUUCCAGACGCAGCUGCACGCGUGCGACAGCACAGCUAUGAUGACGGAGGACACUCUGGUCUACACAUUUAGUCUGACGUACUUCCCGACGGCCAUAGGAACUACCUCUGUUUUAAAGACCAACCUUGCAGAGGUGCCAGUUCAGUGCCACUAUCAAAGGAAGCACCGCGUGAGCAGCGAUGCCAUGAGGCCGGCCUGGAAGACGUUCGCCUCCGACAUCCAAGCCAAUCAGCAGCUGCACUUCUCCCUGCGCCUCAUGACAGAGGACUGGCAGUCGCGGCGGCCCUCCAAUGUUUACUUCCUGAGUGACGUGAUGUACAUCGAGGCCUCGGUCCUCCGGGGUCACCACAUCCCGCUGAGGGUCUUCGUGGACAGCUGCGUCGCCACCGUGAACCCCGACCCCACUUCCAAACCCAGAUACCCCUUCAUCACCAACUAUGGGUGUUUAACUGAUGCUAAGCUGACAGGAGCCCAGUCUUACUUCACGCAGAGAAGCCAAGAGGAUAAACUCCGCUUCCAGCUGAAAACCUUCAAGUUUCACGAAGACGACAGGAAUUCACUCUACAUCACGUGCCAUCUGAAAGCGACAAAAGUCGACGUUCCCAUUGACUCGCACAACAAAGCCUGUUCGUUCCUGACUGAAGCCAGAAGAUGGGUGGCAUCAGGUGGAGACAAUAACGUGUGUAGCUGCUGUGACACCAGCUGCAUCGGGCAGCGGCAGAGGAGGAGCCCUGCAGCAGAUGCCGCGCCGCAGUGGGAGGAGACUGUAGUCCUGGGGCCCAUCCUGGUGGAGGACAACGCAGAACUUCCUCCAGAACCUCUUCCUCAGCUCCAGAUGCAGGGAGAGACUCACGCUGCCUCGUAUUCAUCAGCAGCCCUGCUGUUGGGAGCAGGUGUGGCGCUGGCUGUGGUGUUGGUUUUCGUGAGCGCUGUAAUUUCCGGCAGGCACUGCAAACCUACUGUGUAUUCCGUUUCCACGUGA